AUGAUGCCCGACCCCCAGCCUCGAGCGGACUCAGAGGGGCGGGCGAAGCACCCGCAGGCGAACGGGACACCCUCCAAAGCCCGUCGCUCGCCCUCGCGAUCGAAGCCGGCGCCGAUCGAGGGCGGCUCGCGGCCUGCCGAGGGGUCCAGGCCGGGGCGAGACGAGAGUGGAGGGCGGGCGGAGAAGCCGGGCUCUGCGGGGGUCUCGCCAGACUCGCCGGCGGCGGCGACGAGCUCGGCGUCGUCGGAGGACGGGACGGACGAGUCGGUGCCGUCGAAGCCCGGGCCGCGCGCACACGACCACGAAGAUGAGGCGGAGGACGGCCCGUUGGUGGACAUGGAGACGUUCGGACAGCUGCUCGAGAUGGACGACGACGAGGAGCACUCGUUCAGCAAGUCCUUGACCUGGGACUACUUCGACCAGGCAGUGACGACGUUCAAGGAGAUGGAUGCCGCAGUACUGGGCGGGGACCUGAUCACGCUGUCGAGGAAGGGCCAUUUCCUGAAGGGCUCGUCGGCGGCGCUGGGGCUGAACCGGGUGAAAGCGUCGUGCGAGAAGAUGCAGCAUUACGGGAACAAGAAGCGGGCGAACGGCGAGGGCGCGCUGACGGAGGCCGAGGCCAUGGAGCACUGCAAGACGCUGCUCGAGCAGCUCAAGCAGGAGCAGACGCUCUCCAAGGCCUGGUUGGAGAGGUUCUAUGCCGAGCGCAACAUCUGA